AUGACGGAGCUGCGUCGUGCCAAUGGCCAUGAUUCAAUUCAAUCCACUCCACGUCUCCACAAGCAACACUCUCUACGCGAUCGACAGGCGCAUCCAUUGUUGCUGCACUCGCUGGUUGAUCACGGUUGCAACUUGAGCAGCGGCGGCAACAGCGCUGCCAGCACCAGCAGCAGCACAGCCACAGCGACAACAGCACUGGGAUUGGGAUUGGGAUUGGCAUCAACUGGAGCACAGAGACUCAAUAGCGUGGAGUUUGAUGAGCAUGACAUUUAUUAUGUCUCACCAUCAAAGCGAAAAGCUGGCGUUGCACCUGUGGCAGCUGCAUUGCGUCCAGCAGCCGCAUAUGAUGGCAACAGCAUCGGCAACAUCAACAACAACAUCAAUAACAGCAAUCACAAUGUGGUCACCUUCUCGGACUAUGUGAGUGAACGCGGUGUGACCAAUAGCUGCUCCUCCGCCUCCUUUUCGACUUCGCAUCGCGGCUCAUUGAAGCGGGGCAAGGGACGCAGCAAUCAAUCGCUGUGCAGCUGCGAUGCGGGGGAUGAGGCACAGCUGCAACCGGAUGCGGCGCGUCCACUUUAUGAAUACAGCUUGGAGAGACGACGCAAGACACACACAUACACCUGUGAGCAGAAUGCACAGAUACUCAUGAGACUGGAGCGCGAACGUAAUCGUAAAUUAUCGCUGACUUCUUUGGCCGAAAAAGGACAAAGUAUGGAAUCGGACAAUUUGAGCAGAGCCGUCUCAUCGGCCACAAUCACCUCGGGUUCCAUGAUAAGGAAUCGUAAGCUAAAGAACAAGCGGUUAUUGCCGACCUUUGACCUGUCGCUGGAGCAGAAGGUUGAUAUUAAGAAGGCCUUCGAUCUGUUCGAUACGGAAUGCACUGGUUUCAUAGAGGUCAAGGAACUGCGAGUGGCAAUUCGCGCUUUGGGCUUUGAGCCGAAUAAGGAGGAGAUUAAGAUUAUGAUGGAUGAGAUCGACAAGGAUAAGACGGGACGCAUUGCGUUCAACGAUUUCUUGACCUUGAUGCGUCUCAAAAUGGCCGAAAAGGAUACCAAACAAGACUUGAUGAAGGCAUUCUCGUUUUUCGAUGAUGAUCGCACCGGUCGCAUCACAUUCGAUAAUCUGAAGCGAGUGGCCACCGAGUUAGGUGAGAAUCUCACCGAUGAAGAGUUGCAGGAAAUGAUCGAUGAGGCCGAUCUGGAUGGCGAUGGUGAAAGUGACACGCCCAGCUUGUCGGAUGUGGAUGUCAUACCCCCAGUGCCGCCGCCGCCAACCCUCAAGCGCAACGGCAGCAUGCGCAGCCUGCAAUUGCUGCAGCAGCUGCAACAGCAACAGCAGCAGCAACAACUGCCAAGUGGCAGCAACAACAACAAUAAUAAUUCGGGUAUGGGAAUGGCGCAAUUGUGCAGCAGUGAUCUGCUUGAGGAUUGCACCAAAACAGCGUUGGAUGAAUGUGCAGCAACAUUGCUGAAGUGCACCAUCAGCAACAGCAACAGCAACAUCAUCAAGCCAGAUCUGUGCCAGGCGACAGGCCACGCCCACAAUCAACCACAAUAUAAGCAUAAAGCAUCCCCGCCCUUUGCUGCACACGAGGUGGAUAACAUCUUCACUCCGCACUCACAAAAAUCAGACCCCAGCUUGUGCUUUGUACCAGCAAUAGCAACCGGAACAGCAGCAACUGGUGCUGGAACUGGAACGGCAGCAACUGUUGCCCCUGUGCUGAGCAAAUACAACACCAUCGGGCCGAGCAGCGACUAUGCACGUCAUCUGGCGCACUAUAGUCGCUACCUACAGAAGCAGCAUCAACAGCAGCAAUUGGCUCACUUUCAGCAGCAACGUUGCCGCUGCUUCUCUCAAUCGCUGCUCAAUUUUCCAAGCAAUCAGCAGCAGCAACAGUUGCCACAGCAGCAGAAACAGCAGCUUAAGGACUCAAAACAUAGUCUUGGCGUGUUGCAACAGCUGGGGCAACAGGCGCACAUCUUUCACACGAACAGCAUGGACUGGACACUGCCGAUGAAUAGUCGCAGCUUUGGCAAUUUGGUUGAUAUUGAUGGCGGCGGUUGUCGCGUGCCAUAUCAGAAAAUGCAGCAAUCAUCGGCGCUUGCCUCAUCCAGUUUCACCAUGAAUUCAUUCGACAGUGCCAACAGCGGCGGCAUCCUCAAAGAGCGCGAGUCACAAACACUGUCCCACUCUCAUUCCCAUUCCCAUUCCCAAUCCCAUCCUCAUCCCCAUCCACAUCCACAUCCUCAUUCACAUCAUUAUCAUGCGCACGAUGUGGCACACUCGCUGCUGCACCAUGCCACUGUUGGACCAGGUGGCGCCAUUCCUGCCACACCGCAGAAACAUCAUCAGCUGCACUCGAGCGUCACGAGCAUCAUGCCAUGGAAGCAUCGACAGUGCCCCAGUCGCGGUUCGUCCAGUUCGGGCACUAAUUCAUUCCGCUUCGAUGCAGCCAAGCAUUGGCUGGCAGUGAGCUCAAUACUCUUGAUAAUUGGCGCUGCCAGUGUUGCUGUGCCUCUAGCGCUACGUGUUGCAGCAAGUGCACCUUUUGAGGAGCGCCUACGCGUUGCUGUGCAGCUCUUGGAUCAAGUGCCUUUAAUCGAUGGGCAUAACGAUUUACCUUGGAAUAUACGCAAGUUCCUGCAUAAUAAACUCAAUGACUUCAACUUUGAUGAGGAUUUACGCAACGUGGCGCCCUGGGCUCGCAGUCAAUGGAGUCACACGGAUCUCACGAGACUGAAGAAGGGACGAAUAUCAGCACAGUUCUGGGCGGCUUAUGUUCCCUGUGAGGCUCAACAUCGCGAUGCGGUACAGUUGACGCUGGAACAGAUUGAUGUGAUCAAAAGACUAACCGAUCGAUAUUCACCGCAGUUAACCACUUGUACAUCGGCGCAGGACAUCAUUGAGGCGCACAAGAACCAACAACUCUGUUCACUAACCGGUGUCGAGGGCGGCCAUUCACUGGGUGGCUCAUUGGCUGUAUUGCGCACCCUGUAUGCAAUUGGUGUACGAUAUAUGACACUAACAUCCACAUGCCAUACUCCAUGGGCUGACUCGAGUUCGGCGGACGCGCCGACCUUUAAUAUGAAGCAUGGCGGACUCACCAUAUUUGGCAAGACAAUCAUACGCGAGAUGAAUCGACUGGGCAUGAUGGUGGAUUUGUCACACGUCUCCAAGGGGACCAUGCGGGAUGCCCUGGAGGUGAGUGAGGCACCCGUUAUAUUCUCCCACUCCUCCGCAUACGAGCUGUGCAAUACAAGUCGAAAUGUCCAGGAUGAUAUCCUGCAAUCGCUGGCCAAAAAUGGUGGCCUCGUCAUGGUCAACUUUUACUCAAAGUUCUUGUCAUGCAGCGACAAUUCAACUGUACAGGAUGCAGUCGCGCAUAUUAAUCACAUUAAGCGAGUCGCUGGCAUCGAUCACGUUGGUCUCGGCGCCGGCUACGACGGCAUUAAUUACACACCCAAAGGCCUGGAGGAUGUUUCCUCGUAUCCAACGCUCUUCGCCGAGCUCCUCGGAGGUGGUUGGACUAUCGAUGAGCUAACCAAGUUGGCGGGAGGAAACUUUCUGCGUGUUAUGCAGCAAGUUGAAAAGAUAAGGGAUGAUAAGAAAGCAGCUGGAAUAAAGCCAUAUGAAGAUCAUCCCAACUUUCGCACUGACGAUCCCUAUAAUUGUACUUCCAGCUAAUUAAAUCUAAGCGUUAUAUUUAGAGAGGUUGUACAAUAGGCCAGAAAAUAGUUAAUAGAUUCAGGCCGAAAAUGCAACGAUAUUAAUUUGGUGCAUAUAAAAAAA